CUCUGGAUUAAAGUGACAGCGGGAAGGUGGUUGUGCUGCAGGCUGCGACACUUCCGGAACAAGGGAUGAUGGGAGUGGGCGGGGCCAGGCAUCAGUCCGGGAGCAGCUUGGUGGGAUCCCGCUCGUUACCAGGCAACCGUCCAGGCGGCCCCGGCCGCGCCUGGCAUCUGGACACGAGCGCCCCGUGUCCCCGGCCACCCAUCCUCAUUCCGCCGGGAUUCCUGGAUAUCGGGAUACGGCAGCAUGGAGCCGGCCUCCGCCCUCUAACUGCUCCCUCCUUCCAGACAGACUUCGCCAUGCCCCUCAGCCUCUUCCGCCGCCUGCUGCUGGCCUCCCUGCUGCUGGUGAUGUUGUGGGCGCUCUUCGGGCCCUCCGGGGUUGGGGAGGAGCUGCUAAGCCUCUCACUAGCAUCUUUCCUCCCAGCCCCCGCCUCGCCAGGACCGCCCUUGGACCUGCCUCGCCUUCUGAUCCCCAACCAGGAAGUGUGCCAGGUUCCCGGCGCCCCACCUUUCUUGCUGAUUUUAGUGUGCUCGGCUCCAGGGAAUGUGAACCAGAGGAAUGCCAUUCGGGCCUCGUGGGGCGGGCUGCAGGAGGCGCGCGGCCUCCGGGUUCAGACGCUCUUCCUGCUGGGGGAACCCGACCCGCAGCAAGGGAGCGACUUGGCCCGCGAGUCGGAGGCAAAGAGGGACAUCCUGCAGGCUGCUUUCCAGGACUCCUACCGCAACCUCACCCUCAAAACCCUCAGCGGGCUGAACUGGGCAGCCAAACACUGCCCCGCGGCCCGCUACGUCCUCAAGACGGACGAUGAUGUGUACGUCAACGUCCCUGAGCUGGUGUCUGAACUGAUUCUGCGAGGGGGCCCUCCGGAGAGGCGGGACAGAGGCCUGGAGCCCCACAAAAAGGAGCAGCAGGAAGGCCAGGACUCGAGCGAGAAAGUGCCUCUCCUGUACCUGGGCCGAGUGCACUGGAGGGCUAGCCCCUCUCGGACCCCCGGGGGCCGGCACAGAGUGUCGGAGGAGCAGUGGCCUGACACCUGGGGUCCUUUUCCACCCUAUGCCUCGGGCACCGGGUACGUGCUGUCGGCUUCUGCUGUGCAGCUCAUACUCAAGGUGGCUAGUGGAGCACCACCCCUGCCACUAGAGGAUGUGUUUGUGGGGGUAAGUGCACGCCGAGGAGGCCUGACCCCAACCCACUCGGUCAAGCUGGCUGGCGCCACCCACUACCCCUUGGAUCGGUGCUGCUAUGGGAAAUUCCUGCUGACCUCCCACAAGUUGGAUCCCUGGAAGAUGCAGGAAGCCUGGAAGCUGGUGCACGGAUUGCACAAGGAAAGAACUGCACCUUUUUGCUCCUGGCUUCAGGGAUUCCUGGGCAUUUUGCGGUGUCGGUUCAUAGCCUGGCUUCAUAGCUGACAGUGCCUGGGGCUGCCAGAGGAGUAAGAAGACACCAGGCCAGCCAGCACCAAGACCUGUCCCAGGCCCUAAGGGCUCUGGUUAGCUGAAGCUGAUCAACUUCCUCAUAACAGACUUGAGUCCGUUUCCAGACAGGCGCUAUGAGUUUGGCUUGCCAGCACCAAAGAUGACCACCAGAUAUACAAUAAAAAUUCUGGGGUGGUUCUAUUACCUCAAGCCAGGGAAAAAGAGGGGCAUGUGUCCCCAAUAAAACUUGUUUCUUCA